AGCAACCGGUUAGGCGUCACCACUCUGGACUGCAAAUUAUUGAGUGCGCUCUCCCACUCGGAGACCGUCCCGUCCCGUGAAGAAGAGGAGAAACAGCAGCACCGUGACGCGCUAUGGGGACUAUUUUAUGAAGGACAAUAAACCAGAUGUCUUUUUCCAUCUGUUUGGGUUGGUGUAACGUCAGUGGAACUGGACGCGCCGACUUGAAGAACAUCGCUGUGCUGUUGCUCCUGUUGUUAACUUUGCCCAGCGGCAGCCAAUAUGGCUGAGGAUGAUUGUGAAUGGGUUUUAGAGAGCAUCGUUGGCUACCUGGGAAGCCCCGAAUGGGUCAUUCCUGUUACGGACUUUAUGGAAAAUAAAUGCACAGUUUUUGAUGAUGAAGAUGAAAAUAAGCUUUCAUACACAGACAUCCAUCUGCAGUAUAAGAAAUUGGUGGAGAAGCUGUUAGACAAUUACAUGCAGGAGGUUGGAAUCAACGAGCAGCAGUUUUUGGAUGCGUGCACCUCUCCUUUUGCCAAGUCCAAAACACUGCAGUCGGUGUUCCAGCCAGUUCUGGCUACAGAUGACUUCCAGAUGUUUCGUUCACUGAUGGUCCAGAAGAACAUGGAGCUGCAGCUUCAAGCCCUCAGGGUCAUUAAGGAAAGGAACGGAGCCCUCCCAGAAUGCCUGACUGAUGGUGUGGACGUGAUGACAGAGUUGCAGCAGCAAGAGAUGAAAAUCCUGCAGGAGGUUCUCAAAAAGUCAAAAGAGGAAUAUGAUGAGGAAAUGUCCAGGAGGAUGCUAUUAGAGGAGGAGGUUGGUUCAACCUCCAGCAGCUGCUCUAAUAAGCCAGUGGCAGAAAGCAGGGAAGCCCAGAAAACCAGCUCUGCUCCCAGCCAACAAAGCAACACUGCCAAGGCCAAAGCUGCGGGGAAUGGAGCCAACAGCAGUGGUAAUGAUCACCGUGCCCCACUAAUGAAUGGAAACAAUACCACGGAAGUUAAUGCGGUCAAUGGCAAAUCUGACAGAAAACAAGAGGACAAGGCAGCUGCCACAGGAGGCAGAGAUGAGAAGAGUGCUAAGAGCAGCUCCACGUCUAAACCGUCACCAGGUUGUGGCAGUAACGGUGUGGAGUCCAGAGUCCUUCCAGCAGUGAGAGCUCCAGUGAAGUCCGGUGAAUCGCCUGUCAGCCUCAGUCCUGACGCUCAGGAGCAGAGCAGCAGCAGCAGCAGCCAGACUGCAGCUGAGACGUGGCUGGAGGAGGCACACAGGGAGGCUGGCUUCUCUCAGCCAUAUACUGAGCUGUCGGCAUCCCAGCAGGAGCAGCUCCAGCAGAGGGCAGCGUAUCUUCGCCAGCAGCGAGAUAAACUGCACGCACUGAAGAAAGAACAGCAGAAAACCAAGCAGACGACCCCACCAGAGGAGGCACCCAUCACCAUCACCACCUCCACCACCACUACCGCCAUGACAACCGCCACCACCACCACCCCGGAGGUAGUGGGGCAGUCCCAGAGGAAUGGGGCCUGUACCCCUCAUCCUCCUCAAGCACAACACUCUGCUAACUCCUCCAACCAGAAGGAGGUAUCUGCUGAGGAAAAGAAGAAGCUUCAGAAGAGAAAACAUCUGGCUGACAAGCUGAAAGAGGAAGUGAUUAAGAAAUAACUUCCCCGUCCAACUGCAAUAUUCUCAUUUAUAUCCUCUAUGUGUUUACUCUGGUAAUCAAACACAUGGCUUCCUUCACACUGCUAGACAGACUGGUAAUUCACUUCACUUUAUACACAGAUCAGCAUUUGUCCAAAGAAACAGAAAAGUAUGAGGUCUUCCUUUACCACAGUUCCUUUGACUGCCGACUACAGAGGAAGAAGGCACAUUUCCUUUUAUAUUUUGGAUGUAUGUGUAUUUGUAUGUGGCACUCAAAUACUGUUAGACAGUUGCAUCUGCCUGAGUGAGGAAGUUCAGAAAACAUCAGGACAAUGUUUCUAUUCUUCUUGAUGGCUUUUAUGUGACUUCUACUUCACAUCAUUUGAGACAUCUGGGGCUACAUCCAAAGCACUACCUAUUUACCACUGGGUGCACUGCUUUUACUUUAAUGAUGGUGUGGAGAGUCCAAGUGCAAAAAUCUCACAACGGAAUUAAAAAUGUAUCCGCAUCACGUACAGGACUUGCUAAAAAUCUAAUGACGCAGUGCUUCACUAUUGAUAGAUGUACAAAUGUUAAUUAUGCAACACUACAUUGGUCAGUAAUGGUGAUUUAUAACUAGUAUACCAUUAGGUAGGGCCCACAGUCUCAACAGACACAGCUGGCCUGGAGUUGUAUCCCAGAGUCAAGGGUUAAUGCUGGGAGACUGGGAGAGUCCUGUGUUGAGGUGAAGGUCACAUUAGCUAGUGCAAGUGCACAGUCUUCUUUAGGGAAGAGUCAGGCAGUACAUCAUAUUCUAGCUGUUAACACUAGCAGCUCACUCUAGUCUGAGUGCUGUGAAAGUUGUCUCAGUGAACACACAGUUCAGAAAUGGGCCAAGAGAACAGCGCGGCGCUUUCUACAAGAAAUUCAGUAUUUCGUGUAUACUGUUUAAUAAAUCACAUUUUAUA